UCAGCGUGUCCAACAUGGCGGCGCCCGUGCCUGGCCGGUGUGCGUUCUUCGUGGAGAGAAAGAAGCGCUUCUGUAAGAUGAUUGUGGGCAGAGGAAAGCGCUUCUGUGGCGAGCACGCAGCGAUGGAAGAAGGAGCUGGCAGCCGCAGGAUUGUGUGCCCACUAGACCCAAAGCACACUGUGAGUGAAGACAAGCUGGAGAAGCAUCUUAAGAAGUGUAACUCCAGAGAGAAGCCUAAACCUGUGUACUAUGUGGAGGACAGGAACGCGGGGUCAGGGGAUGAGGCCCAGAAUGCAGAGGUGAGUUUGUCAGAGCGCAGCCGAACAGAACUGCAGGGUCUGCUGGACAAACUGAAGACCGCCUGUCAAGGACUGGCCUGUGACCCAGAAGAGAAAGUCCUGUCCCACCCUGCUCUACAGGAGGAACUGAACAACCCCAAAAAUGGAGAGUCAGCCCACAAACACCUUCGACAGCAGGCAUCCAUCCUGGCUCACAUGGCUGCACUGGGGCUGCUUCGAGGGGGGCGCUGUUUUGUGGAGUUCGGAGCAGGCCGAGGCAAACUGUCCCACUGGAUCCACGAAGCUCUCAGGGGUCAGCCGGAGCUACAGGUGCUGCUAGUGGAGAGGAGCAGCACACGCUUCAAGGUGGAUGGUAAACAUGCAGAUGGAGAAGAAGAGUUUGAGCGCCUCCAGGUGGAUAUCCAACACCUGGACCUGGGUGGAGUGCCUCUGCUCAGGGAGAAGGGGCUGCCUGUGGUGGGAGUGGGGAAACACCUGUGUGGAGCAGCCACAGAUCUGGCUCUGCGCUGUUUGUUGGAAAAACCCCACUAUCAUGAGUCUAAAGAACCUCCAACCAAACGACUCAAAUCCACUGACCCCUGCCCAGAAGCAGCUCAGACCUGUUCCCCUGCAGAGCCUUGCGGUCCUGCCCUGGCGGUGGUCGGCCUCACGGUGGCGCUGUGCUGUCACCACCGCUGCCAGUGGAGGCACUACGUGGGCAAAGACUUGUUCAGACAGAGAGGGCUCGGAGCGGAGGAUUUCUCAGCCUUCUGCCGCAUGUCCAGCUGGGCCACAUGUGGACUCAGAGCCACCAAUCACAACACUUCAGCUCCAAAUCAGACCAAUCAGAAUGAAGAACGCCAGGAUGCACCCGAUCAGAAAGUCGAGGAGGAAGAGCAUGAACCAGCAGAGGAGACAGAUGCUGUGAAUGGGUUCCUGAGCCCAUGGGAGCGCAAGCGUGUGGGCCGUUUGUGUAAGCUGCUCAUAGACUGUGGGCGACUUCACUACCUCCAACGCAAAGGCUUCACUGGACGUUUGAGCAGAUACGUGAGCUCUCAGGUCACCCUGGAGAAUGUCCUGCUCACUGCUGUCCCCAAUGCACAUCCAGACGCGCCAACAGACGCGCCAACAGACACGCCAAAAGACGCACAGGAAGACGCACAGGAAGACUCACACUCAGACGCACAACAGGAAGACUCACACUCAGACGCACAACAGGAAGACUCACACUCAGACGCACAACAGGAAGACUCACACUCAGACGCACAACAGGAAGACUCACACUCAGACGCACAACAGGAAGACUCACAAUCAGUCCUGUCACAGCCAAAACACACCACAACUCCCAAGACCCAAGACCCAACACCCAGAGACACACCUCUGUGAGGUGCACUAACAGAUCCAGCGUGCACACUACCAGAGCCAAAAGCAUGAACUGAACUUGGAUGAGACAGAAUCAGCCAAACAAAAACUAUUCACUUUUUUAUUGUACAAUUUAAACUUUGUUUUUGGUACUUUAAAGUCUGCUGUAGAAACACAUUUACUAGGGGCUACUCCUUCCUGCAGUAAAGGUCCUAUAUUACACAAAGUUGACUGCUGUGAGGUUUAAGCCAUGUUAUAAUGUUGUUCGCUCCUCAUACAUACUGUAUCUGGACUUGUUUUGUUUCAUUCACAUAUGUUCGAGUAACCUUUUGUUAGUCUGUCUACAUCUCAAAAAGCUCAAAAUUUGAUCGUUUUUAAGUUACUGUCUCCUUUUAUCUUUAGUUCAGUAGAGAUUGAUCAUUCCAGGGCUGAAAUGAUCCAAGUGAUUCAAGAGAAGGUCUGUGGAGUUUAAAAUGACAGUGCACCACUUCUUGUAUCACCACAUGACAUCCAUCACAUGGUGGAACAGAGUGUUGUUUUUUUGAGAACUCAUCUUAAAUAUCCAGGGUCUGUGAGUUAAACAUGUUUGAAUGAAAAUAAAUACAACCCCGGGUCUAUUUGUGAUGAGGAAAUGACAGAUAAUGGAAUUUUGAAAGAAAACAAUGGAAACAUACUUAUAUUGACAUCCAGUAGUGUUAUGUUACAUUUUUCUAAUACAAAUGUAUGUAAUAAUUAGAGUGACAGAGGGAUGAUUAACUGUAGAUAAAAGCUUAAAUUACAUUUGUGAGUAUUAGCAGCCAAAUCAAAAGGAGGAGGAACACUCAGUGCCUCAGGGUGUUUUCACACAGUCUAAAAAAACUUUGUGCACCUGCUGCAGUGAACAGCUAAAAGCACUGGACACAGAUGGUCUCAGAGGGACUCCUCUCAGUCAGGGCAAAAAAGUCAUCAUUUGUGCAAAUCAAAUGUUAAAAAUCCCAAACUAGUUCUUGGAGAAUGUGUAUGGGAAUCCCCACACUUUUAUUCUUAUCUUCUAUCACUUUUAUCUUGUGAGAGAUUUGUGGUUGGGAACUUGUGGACUAGAUCAGGACUUUCAUCUAAAUGUUUUUGUACAUUAAAUGAAUGUUGUUCUAUCUCCCAUAGAGCAGCGAAUCCCAAAGGUCUUUAUUUUAUUUGAGUUGAAGGCCACAUGGAGAUGAGGCAUUUCACAUGCCAAAGCUUUUGUUUGGCAACGUUUCAAUAAAUGCUCCAAUCUGUGCUCAUGUGA